CUAACGCGUGCGCGCGCGCGCACACACACACAUCUCUUAUUGGAUUGAAUUUUUUCAGAUUCUUGUAUGAUGGAGGGCAUUGAAAUCUUUUAGAUUUCCUGAGGUAUCUAGAGAUGGAGUUCCAUGCUAACACUAACACACACACGCGCACACACACACAUCUCUUAUCGGAUUGAAUUUUUUCAGAUUUUUGCAUCUCAUAAUACAAAAUAAUGAAAUGCAAUUGAAAAGGAAAAUCAAAGAUAUUACAAAUGCGAAGAUGACAAAAUCUGUACCAUUGUUUAAAAAUAAUGGCUUAGAUUUGAAGAAUUUCAGUACCUUGGAGUCGUGCUAGGAGAUCUAGAGGAUCGUAGUCCUAUUCGAGGUAUUAAGUUGUUUCGUGAUUAGAAGUUGAUCUUUCAAGGGUACAUAGGUGUUGAUGCUAUUGUAACAAAUCUGACUGUUUCAUUAGGAAUAUUACAUGCUGUAAAAGUCCUUGCACCAUGGCAAUUUUAGGAAGAUAGUCUUUUACUCUUAGUAGUAUGAUGGGAUGCUCUUUUAAACCAUGCUUUUCAUUUGAAAUCCCAGUAUAAUUUUAUGUUUCCCCUUCUUGGUACUUAAGAGUUUCUUUUCCCGAUUUGCUAUAUGCUAUAUGCUAUUCUUUUAUAUUAAGAUGCCUCUCUUGUCAAGAAAAAAGGUGUGUUUUCCUUUUGAUUGGUUAAUUAUCAGCAAUGAGGGGCUGGUUUUUUCAAAUUGGAAUCUGUUUAGUUUGUUGUGAAUGUAAGCAUUGACAACAAACUAUGUAAGCAUUCAGAUUUUUAAGGUUUGUAUUUCUCUUCUGUUGAGUUUUUGUAGAUGCUUUGGUGAUGGUUUGAUUGCUAGUUGGAACUCCUUGUCAGACCUUGCUACUCGGGAGUUGAGACUCUUAGUUCAGCGUACUGUUUUUGUCUCUCUUUUGGACCCAGCGCUUUGUUUUAGCUGUGCAAGCUUUCCUUUUCCUCCUUACAUUUUCCCUCUGGGAUUCCGGACAUUCCACAUUCAGCCGUCAUGGAUUUUGAUGUGAGAGUUGGAAAGAAAGAGGCUGAUGAUGAGUACGAUAUUAGAUUGGAAAGACGGUUGAAAAGAAGGUGCAUUGCCAAUAAAAAGUUCUCUAGCAAUUAUGUGAAGAAAACUAGAAAUAUGAGUGUUAAAAUUAAAGAUGCACCCUUGGACAUGGAUGUGCCUGAUGAGGACCAUGCAGAAUUUUUGAAAUAUUUAUCGGGGAAUAAUCGUGACGGGGACAAUGAGGCAGAUGUUUUUGCUAGGUGUUUGUAUGAUGGUCACAAUGAUAUCAAAAUGGACAGAGAUAAUGACCAAUAUGUAGAUCCGCCAGACAAUUUGUGCUUGAUUGAUGAUGAUGUACCCAUGGAUGUGGAUGAGAAUGAUGAGGACUAUGCAGUAUUUUUAAAUUGUCUUGUUCGGAAUAUUGAUGAUAAUAAUGAUGGAGAUGUAAGUGCUAGGUUUUCAGAUGAUGACAAUGAGAAUGUCAAAAAUGUGGAAGAGGAUGAUCAAGAUGGAGAUCCACAGCAUGACAUGUGCAUGGACGACGAUCAUGAUGAUCUGGAUCCUCAGUAUAAGAUUUUCUUGGAAAAUUUGAGGGAAGAUGGACAAUCAUAUGUACUUGAAGUUGUUACAAACAAUGGGAUGUCGAUGGUUGUAAAGUAUGAAACAGAGAAAGGGUUGUCUGAUGGGCUCGUGUUAGACCCUCAGGGAACUUUGAACAGUUGGCAGAGAGAGGAGACUGAAACUGCAAAUGGACAUAUUUCUAAUAUGAGAGAAUCUGAUACGACUGAUGAAGACUACCAGGAAUUUCUUAGUUGUCUUAAGAAUAAUGGUGAAAAUAUUGUAUGUACCCUUGAAAGUGGCAUACCGUUAAUAUAUGAAGAGGAUGCAGGGUGUUCAGAUGAUUUAGAAAUAGUUGGAACAGAUGAAGAUCCAUUUUCUGAUGGAUACUUCACCCCAUUCGUAGCUUCUAGAUUGGAUUCAAUUAUCGAUCUAGACGCCAAGACAUCUAAUGGAAGUCCUGGUAGUUAUGGUGAUUCUCAGUUUAGGAAGAGGCUUAUGGAGAUUCUUAGAAGUCCCUACGAUGCAAAGGAGUAUGAAUACCUUCUCCAUGAAGUAUCUCGCAGAAGGCAAACGGAACGUAACCGAGAAUUGCGUAAUGGGACAAAAUCAUAUAGAUUAGAGUCUGUUGCUAAGUCUUAUCUUGAUCAACACCAUGACUUUGCAAGAGAGAUCAUUUCAGUCGAAUACGAUCGACGUAGAGUUUUGAAUCUGUUACGUGGAUUUUUCUUUUGGUUGCAAAAUUUGGUUCAGAAAGGAGCGUUCCAGCCUUGGAAGGACUCAUCAUGUUUGAAUAUAUUGCCAGAAAUGUAACUAGGAAUUUCUCGCCAAGUUCUGUUGACAUUGCAAAGUAAGUCCAUCCGACUUGGGUUGUAGCAGCAGAGGCUAGAUGUGUCCUUGGCUUCUAGAUGCAAGGUUGUGUAUAUGGAAGUUGGAUGAUGUUGGUUUAUAGUCCUUCCACUGUCAAGGUUAUUGAGUUCCAGGAUUACCCAAAAGUGUUGUGCUUAAAGCUUGUAAUGUAAUGCCAUAUAUUAAUUAAUGUGUGUUUUGCAGGUUAAGGUAA